GGGACGGAAUCGAAUUGUCUUCUUCUUCUGACCAUCAUCUUAGCCUCGCGGAUAUAAGUAGGCGGGACAUGCCUGCGUUCACAAAGCUCACCACCUUUCGUAGUGACAACCUAGCAAUUGAAGCAGGCAUUCAUGAUACCCUACGGAACCGUCGCACCAGUAGUCUUCAACGCCAUGGACGAACAGCUUUCGGUCUUAUCAUAGCUUCGCUCUUUCUCUAUAUCCUAAGCGGGAGCGUUCUAUUGCGCUCUACAUCCCGCGAAAGCUCGAAAUAUGUGCUGCCCCCAGAUAUCCUUGCGCGCUGUCGCGCUCUGAAUGUUAAGCCUGGUCCACCAGAAGACUUCUACAAGCGAAAGGAGUCGGACCGUUUUGUGCCUGGAACAAAUGCGACGUUGAUCGUAAAUGCAACGAUCUGGACCGGUAAUGCGAAUGGAACUGAGGACAUAACUGGGGAUGUGUUGCUGGACGGAGGACUCAUCAAAUGGAUUGGAAAGGAUUUAUCUCAUUCUGUUUUGCAAAAGAAGCAGAACCGCGAGUUUGAUCUCGAUAUCAUUGAUGCAAAGGGUGCAUGGCUCACACCCGGUAUCAUAGAUGUGCACUCGCACAUCGCCGUCGGCUCAGCACCGGGAUUGACAGGUGCGGACGAUACGAACUCCGUCAAAGGACCUACUCAGCCUUGGCUUCGCUCUUUGGACGGUCUGAAUACCCACGAUGCAUCCUAUGCGCUAGCAAUUUCUGGUGGUGUUACUACGAGUCUUAUACUUCCUGGUUCCGCAGGCGCCAUAGGUGGACAGGCAUUUGCCAUCAAAAUGCGUCACACGACUGAGCGUACACCGACAUCUUUGCUUCUUGAACCGGCCUUCGGAACAAACGGCUCGGCAAUUGACUAUAAUGUGAAGCCACGAUGGAGACACAUGAAACAUGCCUGUGGAGAGAAUCCUUCUAGAUCUUACGGUCAAACUCGUAUGGAUACGGCAUGGCAGUUCCGUACAGUUUACGACAUAGCCCAUAAAAUAAAGGAGUCACAGGAUAACUUCUGUGAAAAAGCUCUUGCUGGUAAAAUUGACAGCGACGCGAAGUUUCCGGGGGAGUUACAGUGGGAGGCAGCUGUUGAUAUUCUCCGUGGCAAAGUCAGAGUUCAUACCCAUUGCUAUGAAGCGGUUGAUCUUGAUAACUUCGUUCGUUUGUCCAAUGAAUUCCAAUUUCCAGUUGCUGCCUUCCAUCACGCGCAUGAAACGUAUCUUGUCCCGGACCUGCUUAAGAAAACAUAUGAAGACGUUCCUCCAGCAUCAGCAAUGUUUGCCUCAUUCUCCAGAUACAAACGAGAGGCAUAUAGACAUUCAGUUUAUGCACCUCGGAUUCUGCAUGAUGCAGGAUUAAGGGUGGUGAUGAAGAGCGAUCACGGUGCCAUCGUCUCAAGAUACUUGCUUCACGAAGCGCAACAGGCUCAUUACUACGGCCUACCUCCAAAUAUUGCUUUGGCUUCAGUUACUAGCACGGCUGCUGGAGUCCUUGGUUAUGAGCAUCGAAUUGGUUAUAUCAGAGAAGGCUAUGAUGCAGAUCUCGUGCUGUGGGACAGCCAUCCACUUCAGCUGGGUGCUACACCUCAGCAAGUGUUCAUAGACGGCAUCGCUCAGCUCAAAGCACCUCAUGUGGUCGAGAAGUCAGAAUAUCUCCAGCACGUCCCUCAAACUCCUAACUUUGAUGAUGAAGCGAAGGAGACCCUUAAACACGAAGGACUUCCUCCGCUUCUCCCUCAGCAGUCGUUCACCGAUUCUGUCGUCGUGUUCACGAAUGUUACGAGCGUAUGGACUGUUGAAGACACUCUCAGUGAGAUCCAGACCCUGGAUUUUGAUGGAUCCGGAAUGGUCGUCACACAGGGUGGACAUAUUAUCUGCAAAGGAUCUGGUGGCGCCUGCGGUUCGUUUGCUAAGUCCAGUGAUAGCACUAUCGUCGACCUAGAAGGCGGCUCCAUUAGUCCCGGUUUGGUAUCUUUCGGGAGCGACCUAGGCCUGCAAGAAAUCGGCAUGGAAGAUUCAACCACGGACGGCAACGUCCUCGAUGCAUUCAACAAAGACCUUCCGAGUAUUCUUGGCAAUGACGCUGUCAUUCGCGCCGAAGACGGUCUAAUAUUCUCUACAAGAAAUGCUUUAUUAGCAUACAGGGCUGGCGUCACUUCUGCCAUCACUGCUCCGGCAUCGAGUGGACUCUCUGCUGGUUUGAGCACGCAUUUCUCAACCGGUGCACCGUUCAAGGCUACGCGCGGCGCUGUCAUACAGGGUGUCACUGCCUUGCACGUUACAAUUAAUUCCGUUGGUCAGCCGAGCGUUAGUACACAGAUUGCAGCGCUUCGCAGGCUCCUUACGGUGAAGCAGGAAGGGGACCUCGGAUUUUGGCUUGACAAGGUGCUCAAGGCUGAGAUCCCUCUUGUGGUUAAUGUGCACAGCGCGGAUCACAUUGCAACGCUACUCAGUUUAAAGGAGGAAGUCGAGUCAAUCACUGGAACUCCCCUGCGGUUGACACUCACGGGUGCCUCAGAGGCACAUUUACUUGCACGACAACUCGGCGAAGCAGGUGUUGGUGUCAUUCUGAAUCCUGUCCGACCAUACCCUGCAACUUGGGAUCGGAGACGAAUAUUACCAGGACCCCCGUUAUCAGGAGAAAGCGCGCUGCUACACUUGAUGCGGCAUAACGUUACCGUCGGCUUCGGCGUCGCAGGAGGCGAGUUGCCUCCCGCCAUAACUGGAUGGGCAGCUCAGAACGCUCGGUUUGAUGUUUCUUGGGCAUACAUCGAGGCUGGUGGCCAAGUUAGCAAAUCCGAAGCAAUUGCACUCGCUUCGACGAACGUUGAGCGUCUCCUCGGCGCCGCCGUCAAUAGUGAAUCCCAGCGGGAUCUCGUAGUAACGAAAGGAGGUGACUUGCUUGACAUCGAGGCGAAAGUCGUUGGAAUCAUCUCGCCUCAGCGUGGUCAAGUCGAGUUGUUGUAAUUUUUUCGGAAAGAAAGUGCACAAGGGCCGUUAUUAUUAUAUAGGUUGUAUCAAAGUCCGCUGAAAUAAUAUUAAUCAAGGCACUGGAUGCUAGGUGCGCAAAACAGCUGAAAAACUACUAAACUACAGUUUCUUUAAUCCUUCCGUGUUAUCUUCUAAUCCGUCAAGACCUUCAUAACCGCAGAAAUCCCGCGUCUACCGAGUCCGUGUGGCGGGAAGCAGACGAAGAUCGGUUCACCAUCUACUUCGAACUUCUUUCGGAAUUCGCGCUUGUUUCCAAGCAGGGCGUGCUCGAUGCCGUUGUACGUCUUGCUCAGGAAACGAACCGUUCCUGAGCUCAUCUUCGCGUUCUCCGGCGUCUCUAGAGAAGAUGCAGGUGUUGGUCCAAAGGUCAUUCGCGGCUCACCCUUCUCUGCGAGCGAGUGGAUGGCGGACGCUAUGAGCCAUUCGGUUAUGUUCUUGGGAGCAUCCUUAGAGCCGAGAUUGUCUUUGAUGGCCCAGCCUUCUGCGACCUUUGCGAGGAAGAGGAAGCCGACGACCUAAAAACAUCCAGCAGUCAAAAACGACAUUCUUAUGCGACUGUUGGUAUUCUCAUCAUACCUUUCCAUCCUUAUCGCGCGCAUAGAAAUACUUUCUAUGCUCGACGUCGCGCCACGGCUCAACAUUCGUCGUAUGCACCUGCGUGCCCUUCCUCCCCGCUUUCCACUCCUCAAUCAACUCGUUUAUCUCCUGCUGGACUUCAGGACUGGGUACACCAUCCUCCUCAAUGAUCUGACAACCCUCACGCUCUGCAUGACGUAUAUGUUUACGAACUUCCUUGUUCUUCUCCGGCUCUGCCGUACGUGGGUCGAGCGCGUCUUCUUGAAUACACAGCACUGCGCGCCAACCGUGUUCUUCCGCAAGGAUCCGCUCCACGGGUAGACUCACGCAAGUCCAGAUGGGACUGUACCCUUCGCUGUCACACCAUUUGAGGAAGGCGUCGAGGGCUUCGGGGAGUUGGUCUGGUGCACAGAGUGGGUUUCCCCAUGCUAUGAGGAAGUUCUUUCCCUUCGAUGAGGAGGACUUGUUACUGUUGUUGCUGCUGCUCCCAUUGUUUGACGUUGUUCCUGCGACGUUUGAGACAGAGUCACUUGCGCCGCUACCGUUACGGUCGUCUGGCUCCAGCCCUAAUUCGGAAUCUGAGGUGUACUUCGAGGAGUUGGGCGUUGCGAAGCCGAUUGCGGCGCCUGUGGGUGGAUGUCGCCAGACGGAGAACUUAUCCUCUACCCAUGUUGUAUUGGA